AUGGACGAUGCCAUGCUGUGUUUGCAUUCUCCAGCGAAGCCGGACCAAGUAAUCCAGCAGUUCAGCGGCCGAGGUGAGACCUGCAACAUCACAUGCGCAUUGGGCUUCGAAGGGAGCGCAUCCACCUACAGCUGCGACAUGGCGGGUGACUUCGCAGGCACUCCGCCGAGCUGCACUCCGAAGAGGUGUGACGUCCCGGCCGAGUUCUUUGGCAGCGUGAGGUACAACACGAGCUGUGCCGGCGUGACGCACGGGCAGAGCUGCAUGACCAAAUGCAACCAAGGAUACUCCGGCCUCCCUACACAGCAGCGCUGCUUCAACGGGAUCUUCAGCGGUGUGCCGCCAACCUGCUCGGGCAACCCCUGCUCUUUCGAAGGCUUCCAGCUCGGCAAGGGGGUCAAUGCUUCUACCUGCUUCGGUCUCGUGACACAGGAGACGUGCACGCUCAGCUGCUUGCGGGGCCAUACAAUUCAAGGAAACGACCUCGUCUUGACGUGCCAAGCAAGCGGCGAGUUCACGGCCACAGAUGCCGAGUGUGUACCUGCGCAGUGUGGUGAUCUAGCCUUGGUCUCGCCAUUUGCUUCCCCCGCCGUAGAUGAUUCCUGCAAUGACGGAAAUGUCAACAAGCAGUUUGGUGAGGUCUGCUUCGCUUUCUGCGCUCCGGGAUACAGCCUUGACAGCAACGCCACACUCCUCAUGUGCGAAGAGGCGCCUGAUAGUAGCGCCGGCUUCAAGGAAAUGGCAGGAGCUGUGACCCACAAUGCGGAGAUGAGCUCUGGGCCCACGUGUACACCGAAGCCCUGUGUCCGUGGGAUUCCCAACAUGCGCGGAACGAGCAGCGACUGCCUGGGCAAGCGCACUGGCGAAGCGUGCACCAUUAGUGCUGACCUGGGCUUCGAUCUAUUCGGCACUGCGUCUCUGCAGUGCCAGGCUGAUGGCUCCUUCACCCAGGACCUUCCGACUGUCUCGCCUGCCGUGUGCCCUACGCCCAACUACGAGUCAAGCGUGGGAAGCACAUGUGACAACAAGACGGUGGGUGCAGACUGCUGGGCCUAUUGCAACCCUGGCUUCGAGGGUCGGCCGAAGCCCUACCAAUGCCGGGUGAAUGAGACGGCCGCUGCCGUCCAGAUCGAACAGAUGGCGGACACCAUCAACUGUACCAACAUCAGCACAGAGACCAACGACACCAAUGACACGAACGUCACGGGCGGCCGUCGACUUCAAACCCUGGACCCUUGCGAUUUUGUAUCCGUUGCACAGGCCGGCUUGAAUGGAAUUGCGUACUCCCACGACUGCACCGCAAAGGCCCACGACGAGGUGUGCAUCGCACACUGCGCAGAGGGAUGGAACAUGACAGAGCCCGAGCCCUCCAUCUUCGUUUGCAAGAGUGGCUUCUUAGUCGGCGCGAUGCUGCCAACGUGCAUUCCGCUGCCGUGCAGCUACGCCUUUCCCGAUGCUCUCGGAGUGCGGCAUGAUUGCCUGGGAGUUCGCUCCGCGGAAACUUGCCAGGCGACCUGCACCGAGGCGGGGUAUACAUACGCUGCCGGCUCUGCUGCAGAAACAUGGACCUGCUUGCCGACGGGAAGUCUCGAUGGGCAGCUUCCGACUUGCGAGCGAAUCGCCUGCACAGACCUGGCCGUCAGCACGAAGUUUACUCACAACUGUCAAGGACAGCGCUUCGAGGAUACCUGCACGGUGAGCUGUGGACUAGGUUACACGCUGGAUGGAACAAGUGGGCAGUUCCAGUGCCAGGCCGACGGCAACAUCACUGGCACACUUCCAACUUGUGUGGGCAAUCCGUGCUCCAACACUCUUCCGACGGAUCCUGCCUUCGACACCUCGGGCUGCGAUGGGAAGACGACUAGCGAAACCUGCCUGGUCACCUGCAACCCGGGCUACACGCCGAACGUUGCGAUGCUCACCUGCGACCCCUUGGGCUUCUUGCUGGGCACGCUUCCCUCGUGCAAGCCUGAGCCGUGCCCGGUCAACACUACGCUGGCCGUGUCGUCCCUCACAGACACUUGCGAAGGAGUCGCCUACGGAGCCACCUGCGCGGUCUUUUGUGCUCCCGGGUUUAUCCUCAGCAAUGGCAGCACCAUCGAGGAGUGGAAGUGCAUGCGCAACUCUGAUGGCAUCCUCUUCCUCAGCGGAACGCUGCCGACCUGCGAGCCUCAGGCCUGCGAUUCGGGUCUGCCGGUUCCUAGCCCGAACCUGGUCGACAACUGCUCCUCUUUGACGACAGGCCAGAGCUGCACACAGGAGUGCGCAGUUGGCUACAGCAGCACAGCCGGUGCGAACACCUACACCUGCACGGAGGACGGCUCAGCGACCGGAUCAGAGCCCCCACCCUGCCAGCCGGUGCAGUGCGCAUCAAACCUGGGAACCAGCGCCAUCGUCCACACCUGCAGUGGUGUGACCUUCGGCGCAAGCUGCUAUGCGGUCUGUGCUCCCGGCUACAACUCCUCCCAGGGACCUCAGAUGUGGGAUUGCGCAGGACCUGACAGCGCGUUGCCUGCGAUUCCAGGCCUUGCGCCUGUGUCCGACAUCGUCUUGCGCGGGACAUUGCUUGAAUGUUCGCCCCAGCCGUGUUUGUACAACUUGCCGUUCGGCAUCCAGUUCGCCCACGACUGCGACAACAUCAAGACAGAUGAGACUUGCACCGUCUCCUGUGCUGAUGGCUUCAUCGGCUCUUCCACCGUGCUGGUCUGUGAGGGAACGCGGGGCGUUGCAGGUACACUGCCGACGUGUGCAGUCGAAACCGCCACGGAAACGUCAACUACAGUGACUUCCACUGUAUCGACAGUGACGCUGACAACUUCCGUUACCGUUGAGCCCGAGCUCCCGAACCUAUGCCUUGCAGAGCUCAUUCCCUCGAUUGAAGGCGCCCGGGAGUUCGUUUGUACCGGCGCUGAGGGCGUUGGCCAGCGCUGCGCAGCGCUGUGCGACGAGGGUGGCGAAGCGGCCAUCACCUGCUGGAGCGACCGGCGGUGGCGCGUGAACGAGGCCUGCGUCACACCUUCGAGCGACCAGGGGACACUGAUUGCCAUUUUCGCGGUAACGAUCUCUGUCUUGUGCGCAUUGGUUGCGGUGAUCUCCGGGUAUUUAUUCUACAGCCAGACAAAGGUCACUCCAGUGACUGAAUUGACACCUUCCAAAGUGGCAGACGUGCCAAAAGGAGAAGCUGAGAAGUCGCCGCAAGCGGAGAAGUCGCCCAAAGUGGAGAAGUCGCCGAAGUCUGCUUCGCAUUCACCUCUCCGGGCUUCUAGGGACUACGGGUGGACGGUGCAGCCGUCAAGGGCCAUCGCACACCCCUGGGACAUGGACUUCUUUGCUGCGGAGGCUGCGCUUCGCCAUACUGCGAACGCAGCCUGGAUGGCCCCUCCGUUACCUGCUGCCGUGCCGAUGAGUGGCAACGUGCCGUCACUGUCGGGCUUGGAUCAGUUUGCACUCCGUCAGAGCCCGCCGCUGCUUUACACUUCACUCACGAGGCCGACCCCUCCGGAAAAUGCUACGACUGUUCUCCAGGUCGAGGAGGAUGCGGCAUUCCGUGUGUGGGUGCAGCAGGUCCCACCAGCCGAGACAGAGACGCCGGGAGCCGUUGCUGACAAUGUUCCCUGA